AUGGCAUGGGGUCAAGACGAUUCGUGGAACACCUCGGAGUCCUGGCAGAAUCAGAAGGACCAGCAGCCUCAGCAAGCCUCGGAGGGUCAAGAAGAUCCGUGGAACGCGUCAGACCCCUGGCAGAAGGACCAGCAGCCUCAGCAAGCCUUGGAGGAUCCUACCUGGAAUGCUGAAAAUGACAAGGGAAGUCAGGGAUAUCAGUCUGGCAAGAGUUGGUGGGAGGACAAUGCCGACACAUCCCAGAACCAAGGGAAAGACACGAAGGAAGAGUGGGACGCAUGGGGCAAGUGGAAGCAGCCAGCCGAUGACGGAUGGGGCUCAUCCAACGCUUGGCAGACACAGCAGAGACCCGCCGAGACGGCAGAGGAUGCAAACAAGAGGAGGCACGAGACAUACCGGAAAGAGUACUAUGACUUCCAGUCGUGGUACAAGGAAGCAGGAAUUACGCCCGACACCAACAAUGCAUGCACAUUCUCAGAGGAAUCAGGCGACCGCGGAAUCGAUUUCGAGUUGUACAACUCAGUACAGGUGAAAGUGAGCGGUGAGGGUGCUGAAUCCCUUCCCAAGCAUCUGGACAGCUUCGAGGAACUGUUUUCCAGGUUUGACGGCAUCCCAGGGCAGCUGCAGGAGAAUUUGAGGCUACUUAAGUUUCGAUACCCUACACCUGUGCAAAAGUAUGCUGUCAUCGCGGGACUAGCUGGCCGGGAUGUCAUGUGUUGUGCCCAGACUGGCAGCGGGAAGACGGCAGCCUUUCUGAUCCCUAUGCUCUCAAGCAUGAUGAAGAACCACCGGGCCACAGGUGCAAUGACGGAGGCCUUUGAGGGGCCCUGCGAGCCGGACACGCUGAUCUUGGCGCCGACUCGGGAGUUGGCCCUGCAGAUCUUCGACGACGCAGUCCGAUUCUGCUAUGGCACGGACUAUCGCGUCAUUCGCGUCUAUGGACAAGAGGCACGAGCGAAUCAGCUUCGCGACAUCUCCAAAGGCGCCGACAUCUGCGUGGCCACGCCCGGUCGCUUUGCAGACUAUGUCGAGGCGGAGAUCAUCAGCGUGCAGAAGACUUACUGCCUGGUGCUCGAUGAAGCGGAUCGGAUGUUGGAGCUCGGAUUCCAAGAAACCAUCCAAGAGCUGAUUGAAAAGCGGGGCAUGCCUCAGAACAACGAGCGUCAAACAAUGAUGUUCUCGGCGACAUUUCCGAAGGAAAUUCAGGAGACUGCCAUGAACUACUUGCACAAUCACCUGUUUGUGGAGGUGGGAAAGCUUGGCAGCCCUGCGGCUACAGUCACUCAGAUUUUAGAGCAAGUGGACAAGAAAAUGAAGCUGGACAAGCUUGUGGCUUUGAUUGACUCCUGGAUGCAGAACAGUCGGCCAACGGGCCAGGAACGAAUGCUGGUGUUCACGAACAGCAAGAACCAGACCAAGGCCUUGGACGAGUAUCUCUGGGAUAAGGAGGUUGCCAAGACGGGCGCCCUUCAUGGCGACCUAGACCAGCCGAAGCGAGAGUCAAACCUCGCUCUCUUCCGCGAAGGCAAGAUUGAUGUGAUGCUGGCGACGGAUGUAGCAUCCAGAGGUCUUGAUAUCAGCAAAGUGUCCCAUGUGGUGAACUUCGACCUUCCAAAGGACCCGCAGGUCUACGUGCACCGAAUUGGCCGCACUGGCCGCAUCGGCAAUCGUGGGACAGCCCUCAGCUUCGUCACUAUGGAGGAUACCUGGUGGAUGGAUACUGAAGAGAUGCUCAAGGCCUUGCCCAGUUUCAUGGAGGGGGCACCGAACACCACCGUGCCGGACUGGCUUGCUGAGAAGUGCGACACCCUAACCGCCGGAGAAUGGGGUGCCAAAGCGGACGACACGACGGACGCUCGAGAUGCCGAUGCCUGGUCGAAGUGGACGCCUGCUACCACCGAUGGAGCAUGGACAAAGAGCCAAGACAAUGACAGCGCUUGGCAGGACAACAGUUGGGACCAGCCCAAUCCCGAAGAGGCUUUGCCAUACCAGUAG